UAAUGUUUUACACUGUAUUUGAAUGAAUAACACGUUUAUAUGAUAUUGAAUAGCAUUGAAGUGAUAAUCAUAUGAAUAUUAAUACAAUACUACUAAUGAUUAUUAAUAUAAAUAAUUUGAAUGACUAUUACUAUUACUAUAAUAUAAUACUGUAUUGUAAUGACUGUAUAAUUGCGUUCAACUGUUUGUGUCUUCAAUAGUAAACAUGAGAUGAUUAUUGUUGUAUACAUUGAAGUAAUCAAUCAAUUGAUUGAAAACAUAUUGCAUAUGAUUUGUGACCAAUUGAUUGAUUGUCUUAUUUGAAGACCUGAUGGACAAGUGAUCGAUGGACCGAAUCUUAUCUGAAUUUAUCACUCGGACCUCAGCUGAGGCUGGAUUUGCCCGCGAUUUGCUCGCAAGUCAUAACUGGGAUCUGAAGACUGCUAUCAAUGCAUACUAUGUAAUGAAAGGUUUGGUACAAUCAAAUGACAGCGAAGAUAGUAACAGAUGUGAUAACGAUGUCAAUGAUUUGUAUGAAUCGCAUCCAUUGUCAUCAAUUGAUGUUAAAUUAAAUAAUGAAUUAAAUAUAAAGAAGUGUCGAAUCGAUAGUUUACCACAAUUUGUGACAAUUAAGUGCAGUUCAGAGCCUUCAUUAUCUUCACACUCAUCUCAAAGUUCAGACAAUUCAUCAAAUACUUCUUCGCCAUCAAAAUUGGCCAUUCAGUCGAAAUGUGAUGACUCUACUGAUGAUGUUUUGGAAGAAACCAACAAAAAGCUGAGUCGAGGCAUAUCCAGGGCUACCGAUAACGUGAAUUUAGUGUCCAAAGCGCGCAAUGAAUUCGCACAAGACUUUAAGACAUCUUGUAGAGGAAGUCGUCUCUUAAAUACCAAUAGUUAUCUCGAAACACCUGACUUUACAUUCACAUUACCCGACCUUUCCAUACAUCCCGAAGACUUUAGGAUAUUUUUAGAGCACGACUUAAUUGAAAAGUCAACUCUCAUUUCACUUGAAUCCGCCCAACGACUCAAUUGGUGGUCAGAUGUCUGCCAAAAAUUAUGGCCAUUGGCCACCACUGGCGACGGCAAUUGUCUGCUUCACGCGGCAUCUUUAGGAAUGUGGGGUUUUCACGAUAGAUUACUUAUCUUAAGAAAGGCAUUGCACGCCUUGAUGUCCAACAGCUCAUAUACUGCAGCUUUUUAUAGACGAUGGAAAUGGCAAACAUAUUUCCAAAAUUUUAAAGUUGGACUCACUUUUUCAGAGAGUGAAUGGCGUCAAGAAUGGGAUUGUCUACUAAAGAUGUCAUCGACUGAACCAAGAGUUAGAGCUCAAACUGAUAACAAAAAUGAAUUAAAUGGCGGAAAGAAAACCGAAUCAAUAGAUGAGAUUCAAUCACAUGUUUACGAGAGUUUAGAGGAGAUUCAUAUUUUUGCAUUGGCUCACGUACUCCGGAGGCCUAUUAUUGUUAUUGCAGAUACUAUGCUUAAAGAUUUAACAGGUGAAGCAUUUUUUCCUAUUCCUUUUGGAGGAAUAUAUCUUCCGUUGGAAUGUCCCGACGAUAAUCUUAUGAAAUCUCCACUUUGUCUCACUUAUGAUUCAGCACAUUUUUCAGCAUUAGUAUCAAUGAAUAAAGAUAUUCAAUAUGUUGACAACCAUCCGCCUUCACCACCGCCCGCUGCCAUUCCUCUUGUGGAUUACGAGCAUAAUAUACUUCCACUUCAGUUUGUUAUAGAUCCCGGAGAAGAGAUGUUUAAAAAUGAUUGUCAACACUUUUCUAAUGAAUUGGUCAAAAAGCUAACUCUGAGUGAAAAUGAAAAAUUGAAAUUAUUGAAACUAUACUUUGAUGUCGAUUAUAUAAAGUUACCAAAACAUCAAACAACUGAACUAACAACUGAAAAGAAAUUAACCAAAAGAAAUGCUAAGUUAAGUGCAAUGGAAAAGUCUCGAACACUUCCGAGUAGUUUUGAAUCAGAUGACAGCUCUUCAGACGCUCCUUCAGCAUCAAGUGUUGGUGGAAGUGUUAGCAGCAAAGCAAAAGCAUUGAGUAGUAAAGCAGCCAAACAGUUAUUGACUAUUACUAAACAUUUUGGAUCACUUGGAAGAAUGAGUAAACGAAUUAAAAAAAAUUUGGGAACUUUUGCAAAAAGAAGUACUUCUUUUAGACACAAACACAAAAAUUCUAACGAUUUAGAAAAGAUAACCAAAACUAGUGAUUCAAAUGCAAUAAAAAUCAACUCUUGUGUUCAACAAAUAGAUACUCUUUCUAAUAGUGAAUCAAAUGAUGAUUAUCUUAUAGAUAAAGAUAUGAUUAUUGUAGCGCUUCUUCAUACAAAUAGACGUCAUAUAUAUUAUGAUGAAAUGAUUAGAAACUAUUUGAGUACAGCCAGAGCCCGGUUCUUGCGAGACAAGAGACAACAUUGUUCAAGUAGUAGUAGUAGUAGUAGUGUUACAACUGUCACCAAAACCAGUGCCAUUACAGACCAAAAUUGUGUGUCGAUGUGUGUCAAUACUGGGUGUAAAAUGUUUGGUACUUCUGCUAACAAUUAUUUAUGUUCCGCAUGUUUUGAGCAACAGAAGCAACAUUUAAAAGAGUCUCAAACUAAUUAUAUCACUAGUAAUCUUGACAUCAAAACAAAUGGCAACAAAAGUGAUAAUAUCAAUAAAGUGUUAGAUUUUCAGUCAGAUUCUCACUCUGUUUCGCAAGACUUGAAAGUGUCCUUAAAUUGUGAAAAAAGUAAAUUAGUUGACGAGGAACUGGAUAUCUGUUGUGCAAACUCUCACUUUUAUGUCCCAACAAAUAUCUAAUUAUCAUUUAAUUCAUAUUUUAUUAAUCAUAGAUUUUAACAUUAUUUGGACAAUUUUUAUGUAAAUACUCAUUCCUUUUCAUUCCUAUAUCUCACUUAACAUUAUCUAUUUUCUAUAGAAAUAUAUUUUAAUUAUAUGUACGGUAUUUUAGCAUUUUUUAGCAAAAUUCAAUGAAAUUUUAAUAUAUAUUUCAUAUUUGUGUAUAGAAUG